AUGGUUGUGUCCCAAAAGAAGAUCCCCCAGGUUGAUGAGCCUGGAAAGUGCAUGGAAGACCCGUCCAAGCAGGAGGGGGUCAUGUUGCGAAAUGUACCCAACGAUUACACGCGGGAAAUGCUCCUGGAGUUGUUGGACUCGCAAGGCUUUGCUGGUCGCUACAACUUCGCAUACCUGCCCUGCGACUUUUAUCGCGAUGCCAACCUCGGCUACGCCUUCGUGAACCUCGUGGACAGAGUGGCCGUGGACGACAUCUGGGCAGCCUUCGACGGAUUUGCGAGCUGGUCGCUGCCCACGACCAAGGUCUGUCAGGUGCGCUGGAGCAGUCCGCACCAGGGUUUCGAGGCCCACGUCGAGCGCUACAGGAACAGCCCGGUCAUGCACCGCUGCGUGCCGGACCAAUAUAAGCCCGUCAUCUUCCAGCUUGGCAUGCGACAACCGUUUCCACCGCCCACGAAGAUGGUCAAAGCACCGAUGAUGGGGUGCCGCUAA